UUGAAGGCCCAGAAGGGAAGUGGAAAGGACCCAAAUUUAAGAUGCCUGAGAUCAAAGCUCCCAAAAUCUCCAUGCCAGACUUUGACUUGAACCUGAAAGGACCUAAAGUGAAAGGAGAUGUGGAUGUUCCUGUGCCAAAGUUGGAAGGUGACCUGAAAGGUCCUGAUGUGGACAUCAAAGGGCCCAAAGUUGGUGUUGACCUUCCAGAAGUUGACCUUGAAGGGCCUGAAGGAAAACUUAAAGGUCCUAAGUUUAAGAUGCCUGAAAUGCAUUUUAAUGUUCCUAAAAUCUCUAUGCCUGAUAUAGAUUUGAACUGGAGGAAGCCUAAAGUAGAAGCUGAUGUAUCUAUACCAACGGUGGAGGGGGAUUUGAAAGGUCCAAGUGUGGACAUCAAAGGUCCCAAAGUAGGUAUUGAUGUCCCUGAUGUUGACAUAGAAGGACCAGAAGGGAAAUGGAAAGGGCCCAAAUUUAAGAUGCCAGAAAUGAACAUCAAAGCUCCCAAAAUUUCCAUGCCAGAUUUUGACUUGAAUUUGAAAGGUCCUAAAAUGAAAGGAGAUGUUGAUGUUUCUGUGCCAAAGCUAGAGGGGGAUGUUAAGGGGCCAGAAUUCGAUAUUGAUGCACCCCAAUUAGAUAUUAGUGCUCCCGAUAUAAGUGUGGAAGUACCAGAGGGAAAGAUAAAAGGUCCUAAAUUUAAGAUGCCCGAAAUGCACAUCAAAGGUCCAAAGAUCUCCAUGCCAGAUUUUGACUUGAACCUCAAAGGUCCAAAACUGAAGGGCGAUGUUGAUGUUUCUGUUCCCAAACUGGAAGGAGAUCUGAAAGGCCCUGAUAUCAGAGGUCCCAAAUUGGACAUUGAUGCACCUGAUGUAGAAAUUGAAGGCCCAGAAGGGAGGUGGAAAGGUCCCAAGUUUAAGAUGCCUGAAAUGAACAUCAAAGCUCCCAAAAUCUCCAUGCCAGACUUUGACUUGAACCUCAAAGGUCCCAGAAUGAAAGGAGAUGUGGAUGUCUCAGUCCCGAGCUUGGAAGGUGAUCUGAAGAGCCCUGACAUUGACAUCAAAGGGCCCAAAUUAGACGUUGAUGUUCCAGAUGUCGAUCUUGAAGGCCCAGAAGGGAAGUGGAAAGGACCCAAAUUUAAGAUGCCUGAAAUGAACAUCAAAGCUCCCAAAAUCUCCAUGCCAGACUUUGACUUGAACCUGAAAGGACCUAAAAUGAAAGGAGAUGUGGAUGUUUCAUUGCCAAAAGUUGAAGCCCCUGAUGUGGACAUUCAAGGCCCCAAAAUGGACAUUGAUAUGCCCGAUGUUGACUUGCAUGGUCCAGAGGGUAAAAUCAAGCUGCCCAAAUUUAAAAUGCCCAAGUUUGGGAUGCCUGGAUUUAAAGGAGAAGGUCCUUCAGUGGAUGUGACCAUACCCAAGGGAGAAGUGGAUAUAUCUGGUCCCAAACUAGAUAUUGAAACACCUGAUCUGGAAAUCGAACACCCAGAGGGAAAAAUGAAAGGCCCCAAAAUGAAGAUGCCGGAAAUGCAUUUUAACGUCCCCAAAAUUUCAAUGCCAGAUAUUGAUUUGAAUUUGAAAGGCCCAAAACUCAAAGGAGAUGUAGGAGGUGACAUUAAAGGACCCGACAUUGCAAUCAAAGGACCUGAUGUUGAACUGGAGACACCUAAAGUAGACAUUGAAGCAAAACCAAAGAAAUCACGAUUUAAACUUCCUAGAUUCAAUUUUUCUGGCCCCAAACUUCAUACACCUGAAGUUGAUGUGAAGGUCAAGAAACCAGAUGUUGAUAUCUCAGGGCCAAAAGUGAAUGUUCAGAGUCCAGAUGUGGAUAUCCAAGGAAAAGCAAAAGGUUCUAAAUUUAAAAUGCCGUCAUUGAAUAUCUCCUCCCCUAAAGUCUCAAUGCCAGAUGUGGAAUUAAAUUUGAAAGGGCCUAAAUUAAAGGGAGACCUGAAUGUUUCUUCACCAAGCCUGGAAGGAGAUUUGAAAGCCCCUGAGGUUGAUAUCAAAGGACCCAAGAUGGAGGUUGGUGCACCAGAAGUUGAUGUUCAUGGCCCUGAAGGCAAACUCAAAAUGCCUAGGUUUAAAAUGCCCAAAUUUGGAAUACCAGGAAUCAAAGCAGAAGCUCCUGAUGUGGACGUAACCCUUCCCAAAGCUGAUCUUGACCUGUCGGGCCCCAAAGUGGACAUUGAAACUCCUGACCUAGAAGGGCCAGAAGGGAAGCUGAAAGGUCCAAGGUUUAAGAUGCCAGAAAUGCAUAUCAAAACUCCUAAAAUCUCAAUGCCAGACAUAGACCUAAAUCUGAAAGGCCCCAAAUUGAAGGGAGACGUUGAUGUCUCUGUGCCAAAGUUGGAGGGUGACUUGAAGGGCCCUGAGGUUGACAUCAAAGGUCCAAAGGUAGACAUUGAUGUUCCAGAUGUUGACCUUGAAGGCCCAGAAGGAAAACUGAAAGGACCCAGGUUUAAGAUGCCUGACAUACAUUUUAAAACCCCUAAAAUCUCUGUACCAGAUUUUGACUUGAAUUUGAAAGGCCAUAAAGUCAAAGGAGAUAUUGAUAUGAAAGCUCCCACACUGGAAGGUGACUUCGAGGGUCCAGAAAUAGAUAUCAAAGGCCCCAAAGUGGACGUUGAUAUCCCUGAGGUGGACAUAGAAGGCCCAGAAGGAAAAGUGAAAGGCCCGAAAUUUAAGAUGCCUGACAUGCACUUUAAGGCUCCCAAAAUUUCCAUGCCAGAUUUUGACUUAAACCUGAAAGGACCCAAAUUAAAAGGAGAUGCAGAUGUGACCUUACCUACAUUGGAAGGUGAUUUGAAAGGCCCAGAAGUUGAUAUCAAAGCACCUAAACUUGAUGUAGAUGUUCCUGAUAUUGAACUGGAGGCCCCAGAAGGAAAGUGGAAAGGACCCAAAUUUAAGAUGCCGGACAUGAACAUCAAGGCCCCUAAGAUCUCAAUGCCAGAUGUGGAUUUCAACCUGAAAGGACCUAAACUCAAGGGAGAUAUGGAUGUCUCAGCCCCAGGACUGCAGGGAGAACUUAGAGGACCAGAGAUUGACAUCAAAGGUCCAAAGCUGGACGUUGAGGUCCCAGAUGUUGAUCUACACGGACCAGAAGGAAAACUGAAGAUGCCAAAAUUCAAGAUGCCCAAGUUUGGCAUGCCUGGCUUCAAAGGGGAAGGCCCAGAGGUGGAUAUAAGCCUCCCCAAAGGAGAUCUUGAUCUUUCUGGUCCAAAG